UCGUGCUGGAACGAUUUUAAUCAGAUCAGUGAGCUGAGAUGAUUCAUGCAAACAAUAAAUAGUAAAUUCUCGCGUUACUCAUUCGUAAUCCUGUCCGUUUGAUAAAUAAUUGUAAAUUAAGUUUCCAAGAUGUUUUCCACAAAUCCGAACUACACUAAGCUCAAAACUCACUUGCGGCUAGCGAUAAACAGGCUCAAGUUGUUGGAGAAGAAGAAAACGGAAUUGGCACAAAAAGCUAGGAAGGAAAUAGCUGAAUACAUCGCUGCUGGUAAAAGUGAGAGGGCUAAGAUCCGUGUGGAGCACAUCAUUAGAGAGGAUUACAUGGUGGAAGCUAUGGAGAUAGUGGAAAUGUACUGCGACUUGGUGUUGGCAAGGUUUGGCCUGGUCACACAGAUGAAGGAGCUGGACGAGGGCCUUGCAGAAGCCAUCUCCAGUCUUAUAUGGGUGGCUCCUAGGAUGCAUACGGAUGUAGGGGAACUGAAAAUCAUAUCAGAUCUUCUGACAGCUAAAUAUGGAAAGAUUUACGCUGAUGCUUGCAGAAAUGAGAAUGUGAACACGCUUAGUGAAAAACUGAAGCAUAAGAUGUCAGUUCAGAGUCCACCUAAGAUACUUGUUGAGAAGUAUCUCAUAGAAAUAGCUAAGAACUAUAAUGUGGAGUAUACUCCUGAUGAACAGGUUAUGAGGGAAGAAGAAGGUCGCGACGCAAUGUUAAUAGAUAUAAAUGGGCCGCCAAUGCCCCCCGGCUUCAUCGGGUACCCGCAGCAGCCGCCCAUGAGUAUGCCCAACCUGCCCGGGCCGCCACCAAGUGUGACGCCAUUCGCCUAUCCUUCUCAACCGUCGGGCGGUAAAGUGGGCGGGUUUAUAGCGAGUCCGCCGCCGCCGCAGGGUUACGGCGGACCCAGCCAGCCCAUGGGCUACCAUCUGCCGCCAGGAGUGGAUUCCAAGUCACUCAGCAAUAGCUUCUUGCAGGAUGAAAUGAGCAAUCUGCCACCUGCUUAUGACAGCAUCCAACAUGAUUUGCCGCACGUACCGCCGCCGCAGGUGCCGACGCCGCAGCCUCGCUCCCGCGUGCCCCCCAACCACUUCCCGGAGCUCCCCGAGCUGCCCUCCGUGCCCUCCGACCUCAUCCUACCGUCAGUGCCACACAGCAACGACUCUAACACUUCCAACAAUCAACCAAACGCGCCUAACGCACCCGAUGAGAUUGACUUUGAUGACCUCAACCGUAGGUUCGAAGAGUUGAAGAAGAAGAAGUAAGCUGGGUUGGUACAUGGAGAAUAAAGUGACUAGCGGAGAUGUCAUAACGCUAAUUCUCUUAAGAAAGUAGUGUUAGAAGGACGAGGAACGAUAAUUACUAGCUUCGCCCUUUGAAAGCCGCACAUUUUUUAAACAAAUUCACCAAUCAAUCAAGACCAAUAUUUAACAGAUGUGUCAAGGAACCUGAAAGCCUGGUUAGUUUGAUAAUAACAGAUCAUUUUAGACAUGUCUUCGUUACUUGGCUUACAAGAAGGCGCCUGACCUACCUGCCUUAUGGCAUCUCCGCUAAUCUUUCCAUCCUCCGUGGUUUAGUACAACACGCAUAACAACGGGAUUUGGUCGAGUGAGAUCUGAUCAUAUUGAUCUUAUUGACGUUUGUCGAAUAACGCCUUAUUAGAAAUGAAUUGGAUUUUAUGUUUAAGGUAGGAAAAGGACCCGUGAUAUGCGGCCAGUUUUGCAAGGAAUAGCUUACGCUCAGUUUUUGUAAUGAGUAUUAAUCACUAUGUACGAUUCAGCCAUUGAUCGACACUUCAAUCAAGUGCGAUUUAUAAAUCAUUAUAAUAUUUCAAUCCAUUGAGUAACUUAUGAAUGUCAUACAUCGCUUAUGAAGUUUAUAAACAUAUGUAUUGGCUUUUCGUAUUGAAUGUUCAAAACAAUAAAAUUAUGCGAUUUCAUGUUGACUCACUCGGCUGUUCCAUAAUGACACUUCACUAUGUGAUAUUUUAAAAUCAAUUAAGAGUCAUAUGCUUUCUCAUAAAACACGAUUUUAAUAAUGAAAUAAUCAUUUAGUUUUAUCUUCUUUUAUAUUAAGUUAAGACUGGUCGUCGUAACGAUGACGAUUCUGUAUGUAAAACCAAAUCUGUAUCUAUUUUUUUAUUUUACUUUUUUAUGUCGGCGUUCUGCUGGCACUGUAUAGUUGUGAUUGAAUGUGUUAAUAAUGAAUAUUUAACUUUUAUACUGUUGUUCUUAACUAACAUAAUAACUAGGAAUGUGAAGGUAUAAUGUUUAUAAGAAUGGGAUUUUCAUUAUAAGAAAAUAAUUGGAACUCGCGACCGUAACCGUAUAGGUUGUCAAUAUUAGGAAAAAUUUUAUUGCAAAUCCCAUUUUCAUAGAAUCAUUGUUUACUAUAUUUAGUUUUCUACUAAAAUUGUAAAAUAUCUGGUUGAUUGUAGACAUUUGUAAAGUAUAAGUUACGAAAUAAAAGAGUUUUAUUUUAAUAUUUUAUACAAUUUAUUAUUGCUGCAAAUGUCUGAUAUAAAACCAUGCUUCCAUUGAUGACGGGUAGCAAGCGAAUGUAUAGUGUUGUCAAUACUUGUACACUAUGGAAUACAUUAUACAUAUUAUCAUCUA